UGGCCUCGCGGUGGCGCGCUUUAACUUAAACAUUGCAUCCGCGCCGCGAAAAGAUGUUUGACGUCAAAAUGCUGUCGAAGUUGUAAGAUUAAGAAGGUUUUUGUCUUGGAGUUGUAAUGAAAAUUGACUGCAUAAGAUGAGCACUUCUCCUCGGCAUAUUCUGUCCCCCGGUGUGCCAGACUACCAAGGCAAGAGAGCUUCUCUACCCUACGCACCCAACAAAGAAGAACUAGUAGAGCUAAGAUUUACAAGACAGCUGUCCACGAGCCACCCAAAGCUUCCCAGCAACAGCAGUAACUCUGUGGACAACCUGGUUCCAGUUGAAAGACCACGGUCCAAUAGUCUCAUUCGUAUUGCGGACAUCAAGCGGAAUUUGAGUGCCAGCAACCUUGCGGCCCUCUCUGAUAGCAAUCUAUCCAUCAAGAAAGCCCUGCCGCUACGCAGCUACGACGCCCCCAACACCUCCGGCUCGGCGGCUAAACGUCACUUUGUGCAGCUGGUCAAGCAGUACUACUAUCAGCUGACAGAGGGCUGCGGGAAUGAGGAAUGCCAAAAUAGAUUCUGCCGCUCCUGUAAAGAAAGCAAGAGAGUUUACUGCGACGUGGCUGCCAUUAUCAGUAUUAGACUGGCAUCAAGUCAAAGACGUUAUUUAUGCCAAGUCGAUAACUACGCCGACCGCCCCUUGCCCCAGGAAGUAUUCCAACCACCCAACGGAGAGGCUAAGCCAUUCCUCCACACGCUCUUCUCCACCACCCCGUUCAAGUCGCUGUUCACCACCCAGCCCCCUCAGGCAGAACCCAAACGGAAGCUGUCUCCAGCUGUCGCAAACAGCCACCCGCCGAAUCAUAGCACGAAGUUUCCAGCACCCGCUCAAACCGGGAGCCUGAUCAACGCCAAGCCACCGACGGGAAAGAAAGGACCAAGCCCUCUGAGAAAAGUCUCCAGUAGAAAAGGAAAGUCGAAGUCAGAAACCGGGAUAAGAGGAAAAGAUGGCAGAUUGAAUGGGAUUUCUGAUCAGGCCGGCCUGGAUGACUUUGGAAGCAGUGACUCCAACUUCUCGGAAGACCAUCAGAGGUUGUCGACGGCGGCUGCGAGAGACGACUUACGCUUGUCCCAUCAGCACAGCGCCCCCAAUCUCGCGUCGGGGGAAUCGGACGCAACCCAUUUGUUGUCCGACGAUUUCGGCUCGGACGAGAAUUUCUUGAUCCACCACGGCAGGUCUAGAAGUACCCCCGUCGGUAGCUAUGGCAACCUGAGCAUCUCCUCAGCGAUGAGUUUCGGCAGCGGUCCGCCCGGCUCCCUGCCCUCCAUGAACAGCUCCCCGGCCCGCCUCCUGUCCUCCCAGGAAGCCCUGGAUGAGACCGAUGACCUGAGACAGUUUGAGAGGUCGGUGUCGCUGGAGAUGUCUUGGGACGGUGUCGGGGAGUUCUCGCUCACCCAUCUGACGCUGCCUAUGCUUGAGGGAGCCAUUGAGACCUACAAGAGUUCAGAGGAUCCUUCGUUCCUGAUCAACACCAUCCGAACUGUAUUCACUUCGUCAGAGGCACUCAAUGCAAGCUUUAGGUAUGAGGAUGGUAACCUAGCUAGCAUCGACCUCUCGGCUGUCAGGCAAGCCUAUGCCUUACUAUGGACCCUGACGCCUCUGGAUGUGUUCCUGUCCACUAUGACUAACGCACUGGAGAUCCUACUGAUGUCAUUGGAUACAACGGUCAUACAAGCAGAUCAGAUCAACCAGAUACUUAUUUUGCUUGAGAACCCGUUGUUAGAGACACGGGAACUCUUGCGUAUAUUCUGCCAUGUCAUCACCAAAUUGCCUGCCAACACACAUCAGGCUCUAGUCAGGGCGCUGUCCUCCUAUGACAGGAAGCACUUCCAGCGUCUGCUCCAGUUGAUCAAGACCUACCUGGGCUCUGUCUUACGGCCAAACCACCGUGUGCACGAGAACAUCAUCUGCAUUGCCAAGGUGUUGUCUGUUCUUCAUGAGGCUAGCACACUAGCAGAGUCUGAAGGGAAGACGCGCCAUAACCCAGAACAGCUGGCGACAAUGAAGGAUUUCUACAGCGAUCAACUGUCAAGGAACAUGGACUACAUGGGGGAAUUCCACAAGUGGAAACUACGAGCCCAGCGCAAGGAGAAGGCAACAGCCAGCGUCAGUCACAGCUCCACCAGCGAUAGCGGUUUCAGUAGCACCAGCAGUAGCAGUGGCCUGAGUGAGGAGCAAGGAGCCCAUAGUAGGGCUGUCUCUGGUAGUGAGAUGGAGUCACUACUAGACUUCCCAUUUCUUCUGGACCCUUCUUCCAAAGUCCACAUCUUGCACCUCGAUGCUGUGAUGCAGAUGAGACAGGAGUACCAGGCAGCCAUCUUGCAUCAAGCUAGGGUCUACCAGGCCCAGAAGUACCUGCUCAAUCCCAACAAGAACGCCCUGAAGGACUCCAUCAAGGCAGCCAUGUGUCCGUUCUUGGUCCUGGAGGUCCGCAGAUUCUCCCUCAUCAGAGACACCUUAGCCCAGAUGAGACUGAAACGCAGAGACCUGAAGAAACCACUCAAGAUCAAGUAUGUGGGUGGCGGGGAACAGGGUUUGGAUAUGGGUGGUCUGCAGAAGGAGUUCUUUCAACUUAUCACAGAGGCUGUUUUUGACCCCAAAUAUGCCAUGUUCACGGUCUUAGAAGAGUCUAGAACACUUUGGAUUAAUGGUGGCUCCUUAGAAUCAGGCGAUGAGUUUGAGCUCGUCGGUUCCCUCCUAGGCCUCGCCAUCUACAACGGUAUCAUCCUAGACGUCCACUUCCCCACGGCCAUCUACAAGAAGCUCCACGGUGAGGUCAUGGACAUAGAAGACCUGAUGGAGAUCCAACCCUCGCUAGGCAGGGGACUGAAGGAGCUGUUGGCUUACCAGGAGGAGGAGGAGGAUGUUGAAAAUGUCUUCUGUCAAACCUUCCAGAUUUCUUACACGAUGAUGGGGGAGUUGGUCACGGUGGAUUUAUUGCCAAACGGUUCACAGAUAGCAGUCACCAAUGAGAAUCGUGAGGAGUAUGUAAGGUUGUACAUUCAGCAUAUUCUAGUGGACAGUGUAGCCACACAGUUUGAAGCCUUCGCCCACGGCUUCCACACGGUCUGUGGCGGCUCAGCGUUGCGUCUGUUUCAAGCCGCCGAAACGGAGAUGCUGGUGUGUGGGAGUCCGGAACUAGACUUCAUGGCUCUGGAGGCCUCGGCGACUUACGAGGACGGAUACUCACGACAACACGUUACCAUCAAAGCAUUUUGGACAAUUGUGCAUUCCUUAAGAGAAGAACAGAAGAGGAAACUGCUACACUUCAUAACAGGAAGUGACAAGGUUCCCUUGAAGGGUCUGUCCAGCCUUCCUAUCGUCAUCCAGCGUAACGGCCCCGAAUCGGACCGUCUGCCCACAGCCAUGACCUGCUUCAAUCGCUUACUACUGCCGGCCUACAACACACUGGAAAUACUCAGUCAGAAACUACUGGUUGCCAUCGAGAACAGCAAAGGCUUCGGACUGACUUGAGCUCAUUGCAAUAAUACUGGUUGUAAUAGAUUCAGUUAGCUUAAAACACACUGUCACAGUUUCAUGUAUAGAUUGAUAAAGUAUUAUUGCCUUGUGUGUGAUUUCAAUUCAUAGUAGUACUUAUUUUAACAAAAAGAUCGUGGAUUUGAAAUUGUUACAAAUGUAUUCAUGGAUUAUACACAUUUUUAUCAAUAAAACCUCAUAAUGAAAUAACAGUCA